CCUACCCCCCCUACCCCCUACCCUUUCCAUCCGGAGCUACCCCACCGAACCCGCCACGCUCUUGUCCUCUCCUUCCGUCUUCCUCCUAAGGGCUCCUAGAGAUAAAAAGACCAAGACUUCCCACAACCAUCUUCUCUUUCUUCUUUUCAUCCUCCUCUGUCCACUUCAUCUAUAAACCAAAAACUAUUCUCUCUUCCAUUGACAUACCUGCCAUAUACCCAACCCGUGAUAUUAUAGAGACGGACAAUUGAGAGACAUCAAUCCUCACUUACAACUUUAUCUCACCUUCCAAACCCUCAAAUCAACAUGUCUAACCUCGCACACGAGCCCGAGUUCGAGCAGGCUUACAAUGAGCUGGCCUCUACCCUCGAGCACUCCUCCCUCUUCGAGAAGCACCCCGAAUACAAAACCGCCCUGAAGAUCGUCUCCAUCCCAGAGCGUGUCAUCCAGUUCCGCGUCGUCUGGGAAGACGACAAGCUCCAGCCCCAGGUCAACCGCGCCUACCGUGUCCAGUUCAACGGCGCCCUCGGCCCAUACAAGGGUGGACUGCGUUUCCACCCCACCGUCAACCUGUCGGUCCUCAAGUUCCUCGGCUUCGAGCAAAUCUUCAAGAACGCUCUCACCGGUCUUAACAUCGGUGGUGGCAAGGGUGGGGCAGACUUCGACCCCAAGGGCAAGUCGGACAAUGAGAUCCGCAAGUUCUGUGUCGCUUUCAUGCGCGAGCUGAGCAAGCAUAUUGGCGCGUACACAGAUGUUCCCGCUGGCGAUAUCGGUGUCUCCGGACGCGAGAUCGGAUGGUUGUUCGGCGCCUACCGCGCGCACCGCAACAAGUGGGAGGGAGUCCUGACCGGCAAGGGAGGAAGCUGGGGUGGAUCUCUCAUCAGGCCCGAGGCCACUGGAUACGGUCUCGUCUACUACGUCGACCACAUGAUUGAGUACGCCGGUCAGGGUUCGUUCAAGGGCAAGACCGUCGCCAUCUCCGGAUCUGGAAACGUCGCCCAGUACGCUGCGCUGAAGGCCAUUGAGCUCGGUGCCACCGUUCUGUCGCUGUCCGACUCUGCUGGUUCGCUCAUUGCCAAGGAGGGCAAGUACUUCACACCCGAGGAUAUUGAGGCCAUUGCUGCACUGAAGGUCAAGCGCGAGUCUCUGUCUUCGUUUGAGAGCGCCUCGUACGAGUUCAUCGAGGGUGCCCGCCCAUGGACCCACGUCAAGGUCGACAUCGCGCUUCCCUGCGCCACCCAGAACGAGGUUUCCAAGGAGGAGGCCGAGGCUCUCGUCGCCAGCGGCGCCAAGUUCAUCGCUGAGGGCUCCAACAUGGGUUGCACCCAGGAGGCCAUCGACGUGUUCGAGGCUACCCGCAAGGAGAAGAAGAACGGUGCUCUCUGGUACGCACCAGGCAAGGCCGCCAACGCUGGUGGUGUCGCUGUUUCCGGACUCGAGAUGGCCCAGAACUCGCAGCGCAUCAGCUGGACCACCGAGGAGGUCGACAACAAGCUCAAGGACAUCAUGAAGGAUGUUUUCCAGAACGGUCUCAAGACCGCGCAGGAGUACGUCCCCAGCGCCGAGGGCGAGUUCCCAUCCCUCGUCGCCGGCUCCAACAUCGCUGGUUUCGUCAAGGUCGCCGACGCCAUGCACAACCAGGGUGACUGGUGGUAGAUGCUUUGUGCGCGUCUAGCUAGGCCUGUCUGAUUGUUUGUCGUGCGUUUUUUGCGAGUUUGUCUUUUUGCGAGUUUGGGUCGGCGCUGGGUUGCGGAUGAUAUCAACUUGCUUUCACGCUGCUGGGGCUGGCGGAAUAUCUGAAAUGAAAUGGGAAAUGUAUAGAAUGCAUGAAAGUUUGUCGUUGCGCAUGCGGGGCGGCGCUGGGUCAGGGUCUUUGCAAGAUCCGUCCUCUGUACAUAGCUUACGAACUUCAUGAAAAACGUUAAAAAAAUACUUUUUGCUGUGUCCACCUGCGUCCUCGCAUGACCCUGCCAGUCCCUCCCGGUGCCAUUUCGCGCCUGGACGUCUUCGGCCUCGAUAGUAGCG